AAUUGGUAGUAAUUUUCAUCAUUAGCAUAAUUGACAGCAUUCAAUGUUCUGGAACGUACUGUUCACCUUUAUGUUCAGCCAUACUCUUAGUUUAUAGGAUACGAGAAUCUAUAGUGAUCGUAUUUCGUCUUUAUUAUAUAAUUGCAGAAUCAUUAUUUUAUAAAAAGUUAUUUUAUGAGAUAAAAAAGAUUCGUAACGAUACAAAUACAUUUCGAACACUUUACCACCAGACUGCAUUAUUCACUAUCGACAUAAUACAAUUAACAGCAAUAUGUGUUUUCCGAACUGCGAGACUUUUAGGUGCCGAUAUUCCAACUUAUACUUAUGCUGAGCUCUUUAGUACAGCAUUUACAAUUUUUGUGAUGACCAAGUUUGUGGAUAGGAUUCCUGGUUUACUUGAUGAUAGUUAA